AUUUUAGUUCGUUGCAGUUGGUAAAACUGUGGUCUGGCGCACACGCUACGUCAAAAAAAAAGUCGAAAUUCACUAAUUUUUAAUGAAAAAAAAAACCGACCCCUCGGCAACCUCAAACAAAUAAAAAUUACACAUUUCACGUAAAAUAAAAUCGUAAAAGCCCAGUUUUUUUCUUUAUCCAACAAAAAAACCUAUCUGCUAACCAUUCCCACCAAAUUCACUUUCAAAUGGCGGCAAAUAGUUAUUCCGGUUUCCCGUACGGCGAUGCAACCCAAUACACCACCCCAGCCGCUGCGGCAUCCGUAAAUCCCAACACCGCUCCACCAUUUCCGUAUGCCGCCGCCGCCGCUGCCUACCCCACAACUCCUUACCAUCCAACAAAUCCACCUCCACCACCAUAUUCCAACUACGGUUAUGGUCGUCCAAUGCAACCUUUUAACAAUCUCUACGACGCCACCGGCGCCGGCGGCGCUCCCCAACAAACUAAAGUCCACUACUCUGCACCGCCCACACGCAAUCUACCACAAAUCGCUCGUCCAAACAACCAUCAUCCCCAUCACCACCGGGAACGACAAAAAAUGCAACCUCCUCGUCCCAAACAAGUCCACUAUUGUGAGGUUUGCAAGAUUUCAUGCUCCUGUCCGCGUGCUUACACCGAGCACCUCGAAUCCAAAAAACACAAGAAACGCGAGGCCGGUCUAAAUGCACCCGCUGGCAGUCAGCCCGUCACCGGUCCCAAUAAAUACCACUGUGAACUAUGUGACGUCAUUUGCACCGACAAGGAUGCCUACGCUGCCCAUGUCCGCGGCUCCAAACAUCAGAAAGUAGUCAAACUUCACACGAAACUUGGUAAACCCAUUCCCGAAGAUGAUCCUUCAAAAUUCGCCAAGACCGACACCAAAAAGGCUACCGCCGCAGACACAACUGCCGCCGAAGGAGCUGCUGCUGGCAAUGCUGUUCCCACCACUGUCAAAGAAGAAAACGAUGCUCCCGAGGUAAAGCCUGUUGGGGCCGAGUACAUCGAGGAGAUCAAAGAAGAUGGUAAAGUAUCGAUGUUUAAUUGUAAGCUAUGUGACUGUAAAUUUAGCGAUCCAAAUGCUAAGGAAAUGCACAUGAAAGGCCGACGUCAUCGGCUUCAGUACAAGCGUAAAGUUAAGCCAGAUCUGGUGGUUGAUUUGAAGCCAACAGCUCGCCAGAAGCGUUUGGCUCUGCUUCAGAGUGAUUUGUGGAACAUGCGAAGGAAUCCCAUGGAAUUGGGUGGAGGCUGGCCACCACGCCGUGGAUUCAACGACUUUGACAUGGUUGGAGGACCGGCUCCCCCCGGAAUACCUCCACGUUCGAUGAAUUCUCGUGGUGGACCACCAUUUAUGGGCUGGGGAGGAUUCGCUGGCAUUGUUCCCAAUGUCCGGCCGGAGGGUAUAAAUGAUUUUUACACAAUUGCUCGGCAUUCUGAGAUCUAUCCAAAGGAGAAGAGUCUUCAUAAUAUACAUGAAAUUGUCUCGAACACUGAACGAGUGUUGCGUUUGGUUUCUGAUGUCUUGGCUGGGUUCGGAGAUUCACCAAAUAACGAUGAAGCAGCAGAUGCUGCUAAUAAUGAAGGUGAGUCUAACAAUGGUAUGGCUAAAGUUUCAUUCCAACAGGCUGGGGACAAUGGGAAAGUACGUGUUCUGCAGGGAGUAAUGCGUGUGGGAGCUUUGGCCAAGGGUCUCCUGCUGCAAGGUGACAAUUCUGUACAAUUGGUAGUUUUGUGUGCAGAAAAACCAAAAUUGACACUGCUGGAGCGUGUAGCUUCUGAGUUGACUAUUCAGUUGAAAUUACUUUCCACUGGGAACAAGACGUAUCUUGUUUCGGUGGGCGUUGACGAUGGAUCUAUCUCGGUCACAGAUGGAACUAUGACGGUAAAUAUUUCCUUGACAACUCCGCUAUUCCGUGAGGAAGAUGUAUGUCGCAGUGGCAUUGUCAAACAAGAAACAGAUGAUGAGGAUGAUGGGUUUCCGCGGGAGGCGGCUUUGCAGGCGCUCGCAGAAUUGCGUCACUCGAAGUGGUUUCAGGCAAAGGCGGCUACAUUGCCUUCUUGUGUGUUGGUCAUUCGUGUAAUGCGUGAUAUCCGUCAACGCUUUUCUGUGUGGCAGGCUAUGUCGCAAUGGGCAAUAGAAUUGCUAGUAGAAAAGGUGAUAUCUUCGGCUAGAUUUCCGUUGGGCCCUUCGGAUGGUUUGCGACGCAUAAUGGAGGCUGUUUCGACGGGUUUGCUAAUCAAUGGGCCAGGAUUAAUUGAUCCGUGCGAAAAGGAACCUCGAGAUGUUAUUCAAAAUUUAACUGCACAACAACGCGAAGAUAUUACGCAUUGUGCUCAAAUGUUUUUGCGUUUAAUUGCGUUUAAACAAAUUUAUAAGAUUUUGGGUAUGGAACAAAUGUCGACGUCCAAGUUAAAGUGGAAAUUUUGGCUAUUGAAUAGAAAGCGAGUGUGUGACGAUGGCGAUAAUGAAGGCGAAACUGAUGGAAAACUUCUCAAGACAACAACAGCUUGACCUUAAAAAAAAACAAAGGAGUAAAAUGAAAACGAAAAUUCCCAACAAAACAAAGAAUUAUUAUAAAUUAUGAAGCUACUGAAGAGAAAAACUAUAGAUGAUGAUGAUGUUGGAAUCAAUUAUUCGAACAUACAAAUUGUAGGUUGGCCGGAAGAACAUUAAGAAUUCAAUUCAUGAGUAAUGUUAUUAUUUAUAUAUAUUAUUAUUAUAUCUGAGAGAUAUUUUCUUCAUUCUCAAUACAAAUAAAAAUAUCAAGAAUCAUUUAACUGCA